AUGUCCAGCGAUACAAAUGGUUGCUCGACGUUUGCAAAAGCCGCCAAAGGGCCAAGUAUCCCUGGAUUCCGAGGUACGCUCAGUGAGAUCAUUGUCUUAAUCUUCAGAGAACCUCCAACGUCCUGCCUUAUAAAUGGAAGGGUUCAGGAGAUUCCAGAAAUGCGAGUGGAAUUUGUCGUUCCGGAUAAUCUGGACAAAUGUGAGCUAAAGCCUUAUGUCUCGUGGAGGGCUGAGGUCAUCAAUGAGCCUCCUCUCACUUCGAAAUCUCUUUUCGAUAUGCGUUAUUCGGAUCGGGUUAUACAACUUCAUAAAACUGGAAGCAGUCCGGAGGAGAUUAUUUCGAAGCUAUGA